GGCCGGUUUUCAAUGGCGUUUGAGGCGCGUAUGAUUGUUGUCACUUUAAUCAUAAAUUCAUGAAUGAAAAUUUCCGAUGUACCGUUUGUGAACGAAACUGCGAAGUCUCGGAAACCUUUUACGUUUUUUCUGAUGUACGUCAGUACAUUUCCUUGUACAUGUUUAAUGGCUAAACGUUAAUCGAAGCGCAUACGUCAGUCUGCGAUGCGUGACAUCGAUGUCAAUCGAAACAGACUAACUAACGCGAGUAGACUGUUUAAUAUUGACUAAAUUGAAUCGCAAACUAGGUAUGUUAUAACAAAUUUGUUCGUAACUCGACUCGCCCUCCGUGAAUAAUUCCGUACGACGAAAUGUUUGAUUCGGAGCACGACGCACCGAAGCGCGGGUGAGUAUGAGCGAGCAUCAUAUCAUUCUUCAAGAGUACAACGAUAUUGCUGAUGAUCUUAAGCGAGAGUUGGAAAUUUGCAAAACAGAGCAAAAUGGCAUUCGCUCUGAGCUGCAGACGCUGCAAAUCGAGAGCAAGAAUAGCAGCGAUGGCAUGCGCGAUUACAUUUCGCGCAUCCACUUGGAAGAGUGUGGUAAUGUCGACAUGCACGACAAGGUGGUCACGAAUCUGAAGGAGCGCAUCGCGGUCCUACAGAUGGAAAAGGAUUCCGCGGUUCAACUGUGGCAAGUAUCGAUGAAAGCCGUAGAUGCCUUGGAGCAGGAGUUGAGAGCUCGUCCGAUGGACGACAGAAACGUAAAGUUUUACGAGGACCAACUGAACGACGUUCGACAAUCAUAUUCAGAGGCUAUAAAGGCUUUGGAGAGCAAGCUGCACCAGGCUAAAGAACAUUUCGCGAAGCAGCAGUCCUUGUGGAUGACGAGCAAGGAAACGAUGGAAACUUUGCAGAGAGAAAAGCGGGAAGCCGCAGAGAGAUUCGAGGAACUCCAGCGGAACGUUCAACAGAAAGAUAGGGACAGUCAGCAGGCAAUACACUCGUUAACGGAGGAAUUGUACACCGCGAAGGCGGAGGUACAAAGGACAAAUCACCUGAAGUCCGACCUGGAGAAGAGACUGAGCGAGAGCAGGAAAGUCGCCAGCAACAUCGCAGCGAAGAACGAAGAGACAAAGUGCAAAAUGGCCGAAGCCCUGGACCUGAUAGAGUCCGCGGUGAGGGAGAGGGACACGGUGCUGCAGAGGGAAGCGCAAAUCGCCGAGGAGAGGACCAGGCUGGAGGCUCGAUUGGCCUCCAUCGUCGAGGAACACGCCACGAAGAUGCAGAACGAGAUCGCAAGAUUGAAGGACGCUCACGAGCACAGCGUGAAGAAGUACCUGCUGGAGAUGAAGGAGUUGAAGUCGGAGCUGCGCGAGAAGGUGACGCUGCUCGAUCGAUCGCAACGGGAGAGCAGACUGGCGGAGGAGGAGCUCGAGAGGGUGCGACGAGAUUCGGAGGACCUGCUGGAGAAAUCGGCCGCGAGGAUCGUCAACUACGAGCAGGCGCUGAAACACGCGGAUUCCAAGCUGGAGGCCACCGACGAGGCGUACAGGAAGCAGCGUGACUCGGAGAUGCAGCAGUUGCGGGAGAAGAUCGUUCGCCUGGAGCGGCAGCUGGCGGCGUCGAGCGAGAGGCUGAAGCAGAUUCAGCAGCAGGGUUCGACGGACUUGGCGCGCGACCGCAUAAGACUAGCCGACGAGAGAGCGAAGGAUGCGAUCGAGCGCUACGUGAACGUAGAGAACCAAUUGACGAGAGCCACCGGCGACAAGGAAUCUCUCGUGACGGAACUGAAGUCACUGCAGUCGGCGUUCGAUCGCGAGAUACGUAAGAGAGACUGUGAGCGGCACGCGCUGGAAAGUAAAAUCCGUGAAUUGGAAACUAAUCUGCAGAGAGCGAGUGCAAUAACGGAGACCAAAUCAAGUGCUGAUGUCAAUCCAGUUCAAAUUCCUCUGCAACAUCAUGCGGAUACGAUAAAGAAACACACUUUGGACAUACGGUUCGAGAAUGCGGAUCACAACUGGCAGCUUCUGUUAGCGGAGCAGCUAAGCAAGCAACAAGAGCAAUUCGACAACAAGAUGAAAGAGAUGACGCAACAUGUUACAAUUCAUCAGAACUUGAGUAAAAAGUUUCGAGACGAAGCGAUAUCUUUGACGGCACGUUUUAAAGUAAAAUCUAAGGAACUACAUAGAAAGAUCAAUUCAUUGAAGAAGGAGAAGGAUGAUCUGCAGAAAGCGCUUUUAACUUCUAGACAGCAGUUUGCGCGAUACAAAACAGACACGGUUCACAGGUUUGUACUCGAAAAUCUCGAUAAUUGAGUGAUAAAGAACGAUCUUGUACUCUCUCCACUUAUCUCUCAUUGCAGUUAUGUACAAAGACCUGAGAUCAGCUGACAGCGUCCUGCACUGGACGUAGAACCGUCGCGACUGAUCUCGGAUGCGCAGAUUACGGAACGGACAGUUUUACUCGUCGUACUCAACAUGUGGAUCUUAAGAAGCAACGUCGAUUCUUUCCUUGAAGCAUAUCCUACCUACGCGGCGGUGACAAGAAUGUUGCUGCAGGAUUCACUCUUUGGAAACGAUGCAAGCUGUGAAUAAACUCGGGAACCAGUACAGCACC